AUUGAAGUUUCACUUUUGGCAGGUAAAAAAUGGCGGGGAGCAAAUUCAAUGUGAACAUUCAAGGUGGAAGUGGACAUAUAUUUAUGGGAGAUGGAACGCAAAUUGAUAUAAGAAGUGGAAUUGGAAGAGCUGGAUCCAGGCAGAGACCACAUAUCAACAUCCAACCAAGAGAUCCAGGAUUUGCUGUUCAUCCUAAACCUCAAGAAACAUCAGUCCAUCGCCAGGAAACUACUGGGAACGCAUUACCAGUGACAUACAAAAUACAACAAGGCUUUGCUUUGAUAAUUCACAAUCAUUACUUUCCCAAAAGACAAGAUUGCAAUCGAGAGGGUUCAGAAAAAGAUGUAGAAGCUAUUCAAAAGUUUUGUGAAUAUGCUGGCAUUGAUGUAAACAAGACUAGCAGAUCAACAGAAAACCUUAAGGCUACUGAAAUAGAUAGCCUUUGUGAUGAGAUAGCCCAACGGGAUUUCACUCGUUAUGAUGGAUUUCUUUGCUUCAUAUUAAGCCAUGGUGACGAGGAUGGAAUAUUUGGUGUAGAUGAUAACACUAUCAGUGUUCAAGAUAUGGUUACAAAAUUCAAGAAAUGUCUUACCUUGGUUGGGAAGCCUAAGUUGUUUUUUAUCCAAGCAUGCAGAGGAAGCCAUAAAGAUAGUGGAAUGUUCAUUGACUCUGACAGUCAUCCUGUGAACAAGCCUAAUCCAUUACGAUUGCCAACUGAUUCAGAUAUCCUUAUUGCUCACUCAACUGUCGAAGGUCUUGAGUCGUACAGAUGUCGUAAGACUGGGUCAUGGUUUAUUAUAACCCUAAUGCAACAGCUUGAAAUGCAUGCCCAUCACAUGCAUUUGAUGGAUAUUUUGACACUUGUUAACAAUCUCAUGGCAGGGUUUGAAACAGAUAAUGAUUUGAAACAAAUGUCAUGUCAAAUGACCACACUUACAAAGUUUGUGUAUUUUCAUUACCCUGCACCAAUUCCAAGCCCACCUUGACACAUUUUUAGGUCAUACGGAUUUUUAAGUCAUAGUAUAAGUUAUAGUCUGCAAACUCUUUAAAGAGUAAACUUUAACAUCUAUUGUACUAAAUUUGUUGAAAUGCUUCAUGUGUCUAUAAAUCUCUUAUAUAUCUUUAUUCAGAAAUUUAAAUAAUUAUUAAUGUCAUCAUAAGUAAUUGGGUCAUUAAUGUAAAAAGCACAUAUUAGACAGUAGACAUAUCUGCAUGGACUUGACUUCUUAAUAAUCAUUAAUCCACAAUUUAAUCAGGUUUGCUUCUCUUUGUUUGGCCUAAAAAUAGCAACUGGAAGAGUAUGCAAAUUAAAGGCUUACAGCUGUAAAUAUAUUAUACUGAAUAUGUAAUAUCUGUGAUUAUUAUUAAAAUAUAU